AUCAGCCUUCCCGCCAAAAUGUUCCCGUCACCAGCCAGGGGCCGCGUGAAGCGGAAGCGCAGCAACGACGAGUUCCUGCUCGUGGAUGAUCCCAAAGACCUUUUGAUUAUCACUGCGGACACCGGCAAGCCGCUUGAAGCCCACAUCGCAGUCCUGAGCUUGUUCUGCCGCGUGGUGCGCAACCUGCCCCGCGCCAGCAGCGGCAAGACCACCUGGGACCUCUCCAAGCUGGUGCUGGAGGGCCAGAGCAGCCCGGUGUCCUCAGCCGUGGUGCGGCAGUGGCUGGACCUGGUCUACUCGCGGGUGGACGCUGGUCGGCAGCCCCCCACGUUCCCCAGCCUGUCGGAGGCCGCGCGGUCGCUGCUGCUAUUUACGGACGUGGUGGGCACUCGGGGCGUGGUGAUGCGCGCGCUCGGGGAUGCGUUGGCGGCGCAGCCCCGGCUGACGCUGCCGGUGGCGACGAAGGGCGGCGGAGGCGGCAGGGCCGCUGGGGGGGCGCUGCUGCCGAUGAACUUCGAGCUGGGACUGCGCGGCAAGCUGUACUACUACACCAAGGAUGGGCUGGAUUCGUCGGACGUGCCUUUCUCAGGCUCACCGCAUGUCCUGGUUGCGCUGUCCAGCACCGCGCUGUUCAAGGCCGCCUUCCCCGGUGCCGUGGCGGCCGCGCUGGAGGGUUGGCUCUACCUUGCGGGGCGGCUGGGGCUGGUGGCGCUGGUGCGGCUGCUGCUCGACUUCUACAAGGCGCACCUGCUGCCGGGGCUCUGCUCCUUUGCCGCGCGGCACGAGGAGAAGACCCUGAGCCGGCGCGUACUGGAGUGCAUGCCGCACGAGCUGCUGGUGGAGGGCUUCGUGACCUCGUGUGUGGCAGACACGCAGAAGGGUGGCGUGAACAUCGUCAGCGGCAGCAAGCUCAACCUCGAGCUCACGUCGCCGGAGGUCGCAGCCUGGUUCCAGGAGAAGCCGGGCUGUGAGCUAGCGGACUGCGAAAUCGACGAAGCUGGCGAGCCGGGCGUGUUCGAGUUCGACGGUGUCUUCAUGAACAUCCGUCUGACCUUGGGCGGCACGACGCCGGUGGAGCAGCAGAAGGCGGUGGAGCGCGUCAUGCAGACGCUGCGGCCGCGUGUGUGAGCAGCCGCGCGUGUGAGGACAGACAGAGAGUUUGCAGCACGGUGUGAACAGCGUAAAGCCGUGCGAGGCAGCCGUGUGUGUGUAGAGUACCUGCACCGGGGCAUUUGGAAGGCAGUACGGCGGCUGGGGCUUGCAGGAGGUCGUGGCCGCGCAGAGCCAUGGACUCGUGGGUGCCAUGUCGGUAGGUGGACUUGAAUGCGUUCCGUAGGCCCUUGGAUCCAUGCCUAAGCAGGACCGUUGACCUGCUAUACGACAGUGAGUAUUCAAAGCCUGCCAGGGAGUGACCAGGGGGCAGAUGGUCGUGAACAGCAUGGCAUACUGUACCUGUUGUGAAAGCGGGAAGGCGCGGAGGGAGGGCGCUGACUCAGUCAUCGUGGCUAGGGAGUGGGGAGUAGAGUUCUAGUGCGGGAUACCGUUUAAACAUGAUCGUGAGCGUGAUGGAUCAGGACAGGGGGGCAGCCGGGCAGGCCUGUCGCAUUGUGCGCCGGUCUGUGUGAAGGUGCGGCAGGGGUGGCUGCCGGUAGCGGUUUGGUCCCACGACGCAUUCCUGGGCAUUCCCAUUAGGGGCAUGCCCAACGGGCUUUGAUGGUUGCCACCGGCAUGUCUCGGUGGGGUGCAAGGGUGCUCAUGAGGCAAGCGUAUGCCGUAAUUGUUGUAGGGCAUUGGAGCCAUUGGCCAAUCUAGCCAUGGGCCCAUGCCGUAUGUACAGCUCGAGCUGCAUGUAGGUUUUGAGUAUGCGGCAUAGCACGCAAGGAGCUUCGGUGAACCGUCGGGCUUGAAGCUGGUGGGUACGAGCUGACGUGGGACCCGGAUUCCCAAAUCA